UAUUAACAAUACAUUUCCCCUCCACACAGUAUACACAUGACAAAAAGACGAAAAUGAAGAAAAACUGUAAAAUACUGUCCGCAGUUCUCGUCUUCUUGGUGGCAGUCUCAAUUGCAAUAAUCCUCCUAAUCCUCCUCCUCUACAAGAACAACGACAUCGUAGUAAGAACAACCAGUGCGGGGAAGGUCAUUGGAAAAACAGUAACCCUAAACGAUGGAAACACAAAAAUCCACGAGUUCCACAAUAUACGUUACGCUGAACCGCCUACAGGAGAGUCAAGGUUCAGACCUCCAGUUAGGCACAUGAUAUCUGACCCAGGACAGGAGGUUAAAGCAAAAGAUGACAUUGCUAUCACGUGUAUCCAGGCUGAUUCGGGGGAGGGGACUGAAGAUUGUUUGGUGUUAACUGUACGGUCUAGUGACGUGACGGAGUCCAAACCUGUGCUUGUAUGGAUCCAUGGUGGCGGGUUAAUGUUGGGGUAUGGGGAGGCAGUUGGAUACAGUUUUGAUUCUGAGAUUACCCAUAAGGUUGAUGCUGUGACUGUUAACAUUAACUACAGGUUGGGCUUCCUUGGUUUCAGUUCAGUGGAGGAGCUGUGGGAUGAGGAAGCAGGGGUUUAUGCUAAUAAUGGUAUCAGAGAUAUGGUCGCAGCUUUAGACUGGAUACAAGAUAAUAUCGCAGCGUUUGGAGGAGACCCUGGCUCAGUAACCCUGAUUGGUGAGAGUGGAGGUGCCACAGCUGUCCUUGCUCUAGUCUCAUCCCCUCUAGCUAAUAACAAGUUCCACGCAGCUAUCGCCCAAAGCCCCGCUCCAGAGAUGAGAUUCACACACGAACAAGGAAAUGAUUUUCAGAGAGAGCUGCUUGACAGAGCCGGGUGCACUCAAGAAGAUCUCGCAGGUCGGAAACAAUGUCUGUUAGACAUCCCAGCCAAUAAGUUCUCGGGGAAAGGAGGAGUGAACAUGACAAGUGGGGGGGCUUACUUUGAGUUUCCUAUGUCUGGGGGAGAGAGAGGUGAGUAUGUAGGACUUAUCAUGGUGGAUCCAACUGUGGUUACAGUAUCUCCCCGGGAUCUGAAGGAGGCUGACUUCACCCCAACUUCACCUAUCUCCAUCAUAGUGUCCAACACAGCUGCGGAAACAUACAACGUGUGGUUGUGGCCGUUUGUACCACCAUUUAACACAGAAGAUCAGCUGAAAGCUAAGCUGGAACCACUCAUCGAAGAGAUCUCCGACGUUGAAAAUGUGAUGGAUACAGUUAUAGCCCUGUACCCUGACCAAGACCCCACCAUGAUAUGGACUCACAUGACCACUGACAUGAGAGCAACAUGUCCUUCCAACGAUGUGGCAGAGGGUAUGUCUGCUGCAACUAACCGGGAUAUCUACAGACUUUAUGUCAGUCAUAGCCCUUCGUUUGCUCUCGCACCUUUCCAUGCUUAUGAUUCAUAUGCCUUUUUCGGGUAUAAAUCAGAUGGCAUAGAACCGCCUACUAUUACCAACAUGGACAUAAAGUUCCAAUCACAUUACAUUGAGAUGGUAAAGAGGUUUUCUCGGGAUAAGAAGUUUGAUGAUAAAUGGACCACUUACCCCGGUGCAACUAUGAUGUACGAGAACUCUGAUACUAUUUCUAACGCUGGAGCUGCUAAGCCUCAGGAGGCUGUUUGUGAAAAGCUGGCUGAACUGGAUUGGGUUAAAUAUGGAUCACAAAAUAAAUGAUGAAACUUUGAAAGAAAGUUCAGAUUGAUACCAAGACAGCUUUAAUAUCUUGUUUUAAAGACUACGCAAUAGGUUGGAGGAAUUGAUACUACUCGCAACAAGAACUGUGACCCUGGAAUCCACUUUUCAAUGGUUUUUUUCAUCCAGAAACUCUAUUUAUGGCCAUCCUUGUUUUCAUAUUAUAUCAUGGUAGCUUGUCGAUUUUUGUUUUUACAUCAUACACCAAAAAAUAUCUGAUUGAACAUUUAUUUGUGAUUAACCUGUUAUAUUGGGUAUUAGAUUUCGCUGUCGACUAUAGUAUAGAAGAAAUAUAUAU